AUGGCAUAUUGGAUACGACGGUCUUUUAUUUUUGCCGACAUCGCCAGACCCUCACCGGCGAGCUCCUGCAGCGCCCUCAGCCCUCAGGGCCCAGGCUCUGCAGCGCCCUCAGCCAUCAGGGCCCCAGGCUCCUGCAGCGCCCUCAGUCCUCAGGGCACAGGCUCUGCAGCGCCCUCAGCCUUCAGGGCCCAGGCUCCUGCAGUGCCCUCAGCCCUCAGGGCCCAGGCUCCUGCAGCGCCCUCAGCCCUCAGGGCCCCAGGCUCCUGCAGCACCCUCAGCCCUCAGGGCCCAGGCUCCUGCAGUGCCCUCAGACCUCAGGGCCCCAGGCUCCUGCAGCGCUCUCAGACCUCAGGGCCCCAGGCUCCUGCAGCGCCCUCAGCCCUCAGGGCCCCAGGCUCCUGCAGCGCCCUCAGACCUCAGGGCCCCAGGCUCCUACAGCGCCCUCAGACCUCAGGGCCCCAGGCUCCUGCAGCGCCCUCAGACCUCAGGGCCCCAGGCUCAUUCCAAUGA